AUGAUUAUAUUGAAUGCAUUGAGGUAUGUCUUAAUAGACAAGGAGGCUCAAACAGACACAGAUGAUUUCCAUGAGGACAAAGUGAAAAUUUUGGAGGUAAUAACUGAACAUUCAUCCCACGAAGGAAAUUAUACGAAUCCACAUGCUGAAGGAAAAACAUUAAAUAAAAAUAGGAAAGAUGUGACUGGAAAAAGGCAUUACAAAUGUGAAAUUUGUUUUAAGCAAUUUAGUCAAGCAGGUCAUUUGAAAGUACAUUUGAGAGUGCACACUGGAGAAAGACCUUACAAGUGUGAAAUUUGUUUUAAGAAUUUUUUUAGAAAAGAAGAUUUGAAAGUUCAUUUAAGGCUGCACACUGGUGAGAGACCCUACAAAUGUGAAAUUUGUUUUAAGCCGUUUACUACACCAAGUAAUUUGAAAAAACAUUUGAAAGUGCACACUGGAGAAAAACUUCACAAGUGCAAAUUUUGUUUUAAGCUAUUUAGUCUAACAAGUACUUUGAAAUCACAUUUGAGAGUACACACUGGCGAAAAACCUUAUAAGUGUGAAAUUUGUUUUAAGCAAUUUAUUCAAGCAAGUAACUUGAAAAGACAUUUGAGAGUACACACUGGGCAAGAACUUCAUAAGUGUGAAAUUUGUUCUAAGCAAUUUAUUCAAGUAGGUAAUUUGAGAACACAUUUGAGAGUGCACACUGGAGAGAAACCUUACAAGUGUAAGAUUUGUUUUAAUCAAUUUUCUCAUAAAGGCCAUUUGAAAAGUCAUAUGAUAGUACACAUUGAAGAAAAACCUCAUAAGUGUGAAAUUUGUUUGAAGCAAUUUACCGAAAAAGGUAGUUUAAAAAGACAUUUGAGAGUGCACACUGGGGAAAAACUUUACCAGUGUGAAAUUUGUUUGAAGCAAUUUAGUCAACAUGGAGAUUUAAAAAGGCAUUCAAGAAUACACACUGGGGAAAAACCUUAUAAGUGUGAAAUUUGUUUUAAGCAGUUUACUACAGCAUGUCAUGUAAAAAAACAUUUGAUAGUGCACACUGGGAAAAAACUUAAAGUGUAAGAAUUAGUUUUUGUCGGUUUUCUCAAAUAAAUAUUUUGAAACAUCAUUUUUAAGGGGGGAGUAUGGUUUGAAAUCAACAUAUCAAGCACAUUUUUAUGAAUUUUUUUUCGAAGCUAUGUUAGAAUUAUUUUAUUUUUAAAUUAAAUAAACAGAUUAAGUACAAUUAAAAGAAUAUUUAAAAAAAAAUCAAUCCAAAAUAUUGAAAAAUAAGCCAUUGGUGACAAAUUUUGACAGGCAGCCCAAAAAAAUGGAUUUUGCGGUGGACAUCAGAACUCGUCACUGGAUCAUAAGAAACAAAUAAUUUAAAAAUAUUUAAUUAGCUUAUGGGUUUCACGAGGUAACAACGUCGAGUUUUUUUAUUUUUAAUGAUUUUUAAAUUUUUGGUAUCACUCAGAAGACAAAAAUACGAAAUUUUUGCUAAAAAUUUUGUGAAAAUCAACAGAUUUAUUUUUGUUGAACAAAAAAUAAGCAUACAACGAAAACUAUCUCGACGUUGUUACCUCAUGAAAUGUCUAAAGAAAAUCUACGCAAAAUUUCAGGUAGAUCGGUCUAGUAGUUUUUCAGUUACAAUGUCCACCGCAUUUGACAAAGCAGUUUUGAGAAAAAUGCGUUUAAAGUUUUGACAACUGCAUCUUCAUGUGUGCAUAUGAGAGUGCACACUGGAGAAAAACCCCAUAAGUGUGAAAUUUGUUUUAAGCAGUUAACUAUACAGCAAGUCAUGUAAAAAGACAUUUGAUAGUGCACACUGGGAAAAAACGUACAAGUGUAAAAAUUAGUUUUUAACGGUUUUCUCAAAUAAAUAUUUUGAAACAUCAUUUUAGGGACGUACAGUGGAAAAAAAACAUUCAUUCAUAUCAAUUUCAUUGUUCAAAGAAAGAGCACACAUAGAACUAGAUUCUAUAGUCUAGCCGCUGAAAAGAUGGAAUGAUCACGUGAACGGCGCGCACUCUUAAAUCCUUUCCCCAUGUCACCACUUUUCCCACGUUUACACCGCUCAACAAAAACGAAUUUUAAGCACUCGCCUAACAAAAGUCACCAGCGGAAGUGCAAAAGACACAUAAGGACGGUGUAAACCGUUCUUAGAAGGUCUGGCUUCGAACGAUCGGUCAAUGCUUGCAUUGAAUGAUCACGCGACCUUGGAUUCCAUCUUUUAAACGGCUCGAGUAUAGUUAAUGGACAAUAUGUAUAUUUUUGAAAUAUGAUUUAUCCAAUCGUAAAUGCCUCGAGAAAGAUUGUAGUAAUGCGUGGGAUUUUUUUUGUGGAACUUUUGGCUUUGGUGAGAACCAGUUAGCUUUAAAAUUGUUAGAAAUAGAUAUUUCGACGGUUAAACUGCAAAACCUUUUAAGUCGAUUUUUGGUCCUUUAUUACUUUUAUACUUUGUUGGUUUAUACUUUUACAUAUCUUUUAAACUACGAAAGCUUGUAAGUCAAUAUUUAAAUUUAAUGGUACUAGCGACAUCUACAAAAACCUUAUAAGUAAGAUUUUAACCCUCGUAAGGCGGUGCUUAGAUUCUUACGUAAACAACGGUGCGGGGUGCAUUUGCACCCCAUCUGUAUAUCUAUUUUUUUUAUAUGUGAACAUCGGGGAAAUUAAUUUGAAAGAUAAUUAGGACUUAUUUAUUAUAGUACGAAACAUAAUUUUACAAAAAAAGUACUCAUUUCUUCUUUAAAAAAAUUAAUAUCGUCGCAAGACAAACACAUGAAAUUUUUCACAGAAUGAGCAACACAAAGUUUUUACACACAAUACAGUUAUGCCGGGACUUUCGGUCUUUUUUCUCUGACAUUAGUAACACCGACCUUGUCCCGCAGAUCUGUUAUCUUCAGGGGGAACAUCAGAAACGUCCAAUUCAGGAUACGAAAUUUUCAUCAUUUGCACCCAAAAGUCAUUUUUUUGAAAAAAGCACGUAAACGCAAAGAGGUUUAAAUGCUGAAAUGGGUGGAAUACGUUUAGAAUUGAAUUUAAUACGAAUAAAAAAAUGGACAAAAAUCAAAAAAAUUUAUUAAAAAAGAUAGGUGAGAAAAACGAGGUCUGGGGUGCAGCAGCACCCCGUACCGACCUACGAGGGUUAAGUUACAAAACCUCGUAUGUUGCAUUUUUAUGAGACAAAACCUCUUAAGUUUAAUGAUAUUUUAAGUAACAAAACCUCGGUAAGUCGCUCUUUGACAAAAAAAACAGUAUUACUAAAAUUUACUUCAUGGUAAUGGAAUCGUUACCUAAAAAGAACCCUACACACACAAGACGAAUAAAUUGAGUCUUAUAUACAGGGUG